CGCUACCAUGCUCUCCUGGACAAUGCAGCCAGGGGUUCCGGGGAUUUGGGUCCGCCCGAGCAUUCACUUACUUGUUGGCAUGGCUGUCGAGCCCUCUCAACACUCGCACAAGGUGGCACGCCAUGGCUGAUUGCCGCACUCUGCUCGCUGUCGAGUACACCGGAAUACUGAUGGCGAACAUGGGGUCAGGAACGGCACCUCGUGAACUUGGGUGUCAUAAAGCCUUGGCCUACCGAACCUUCGAGCGUAUCUUGUUCCCUUCCCCAAAGCCUCUUCUCCUCGACCGCACUCAUAGGCUAUGGCUUCUUUCCUCGCUACAAUCCUUCUGGCCUCUGCUGCCGUCGCGACGCCUUUGGCAGCUAUUCCUGUCGAUGCUGCCGCGCCAAGCGAUGCUACUUAUGAGGUACUAUCGUCCAACUGGGCUGGCGCCGUUCUGCGCAAGGAUGCGGAUACAUUCAAAGCAGUUACUGGCUCAUUCAAAGUCCCCAAGCCUACUGGCUCCGGCUCUGCUGCCAUUUGGGUGGGCAUUGACGGCGCCGACUGUGGUGUAAUCCUGCAGACUGGCGUCGAUGCCACUAUCAAGAACGGUCAGGUCUCAUAUUCCUCUUGGUACGAGUGGUUCCCCGACCCCUCGCACGUCUUCACCGGCAUCGAGUUCUCCGCCGGAGACGAAGUCACGCUCACCGCCACUGCACACUCGAAUACCACCGGCACGGUGACGAUCGAGAACAAGACGAAGAACAAAAAGGUGUCCUCGGACGUCAGCUCUUCGCACGCUCUCUGCCAGAAGGAUGCGGAGUGGAUCGUGGAAGAUUACUCGUCCGGCGGCCUCGUCCAGUUCGACAACUUCGGCACGGUAACUUUCACGAACAACGUCGCGACGACUGCCUCUGGCACGGUUGGCCCCGCCGGUGCCCAGAUCUGGGAUAUCUCUCACAACGGCACGCAGCUCACGCACUCUUCAGUAUCGAACGGGAACGUAAUCAUCAAGCACUCGUAGAGUCCUAUAUAGGAUGUUUGUUUCUUCGGAUAGU